AUGGAUCCGCUCAACAUAAAGCUGGAAGUGCCGGACCUUCCACUCUCGCUCGGCGACGAUGGACUGAUGAUGUCCAGCGCCGAUUUCCUCCCAACCGAAAAUGACCUGUUUCUCGGUGACGAUGACGACGACGUGAUCGUGGUGCACAUGGAUUUGCGUGAAAAUCUGUCCACCCUACGGGGACUGGUCGAGCGGCGCAUCGGGCUUUCGCUGAAGCACUACGAGUUUUGGCUGCAGGGUUCCACCAUGCUCGAAUCCCACAAAAACCUGGUCGACCAGUGCGUGCAGGGCGAAGGGUUGGUGCAGAUCAAUGUGCAGGUACAACCGAACAAACGGCGCAUCAACAUAGCGGAUGUGUUGAAACCGACGGACGAGGUACUGGAAUCGUACCAGCGUGAAAUUGAGCAUGCAGCCAAGGAAGCGGAAGCGGCUGCAGCAGCCAAACGUGCCGCGGAGGAAGAGGCAGCCGCAGCCGAAGCAAUUGCAGCAGCGGAAGCAGAAGCAGAACAAGCCAAACGGGCCGCCGUGGACAAUUCGAACAGAACCGAUUGCGAUACACCUUCCAAGGUGGCGAAUGAAUCCCAAGAGACGGCUAUUGCUGUUGCGGCCAUCAUCGAUUCGGUCAGUGCAGAGGAACGUGAAAAGGAGCGCGAAAAAGAGCGCCGGAACGAUAGGGAAAAGGGUGGAAAGUUAAUACCGGCGGUCAAGGAAGAAGUGCACGGUUUCGCGGACAAUUCGCUGGACGACUGUGACGAAUCGGAUGGAGAGGCAGGCGAUGAACCGUUGGCAGCGUUGCCGUGGGUGUACGACAGUGCGUUCAAGCGUGACCAGCAACGGUUGAACAUUCCGGACGAUCCAUCGGAAUGGACGAUGGCGCAGGUGAAGCACUGGAUCCAGUGGGCAGUUCGGACGUUUAACCUGAACGGCAUUAAGCUACAGGAUUGGAGCAUUACUGGCAAGGAGCUGUGCGAUUUGGAUGCGGACGAUUUUAAGCUGAAAGCACCGAACGAUCCGGGCGGUUUGUUUUGGAUGCAUUUGGAGUUGCUAAGACGGCAUAAGAUUGUGGCCACCCUGCAAAAACCGACCGAAGGUGAACAGCUGGUUGAGAUGACCAUUCGGCGGAAAAUUCCCAAAGUCAACAUUGGCAGCAAAAACGACGAAUUUAGCUACUGUGGCAAUCGAACAGGGAACAAUGGGCAGAUUCAGCUGUGGCAGUUUUUGCUGGAAAUUCUCACCGACCGUGAACAUCGUGCCAUUAUUCAGUGGAUGGGAACCGAAGGAGAGUUCAAACUUUGCAAUCCGGAACUGGUCGCACAGCUGUGGGGCGAGCGCAAGAACAAACCGACGAUGAACUACGAGAAGCUGUCACGCGCUUUGCGCUACUAUUACGACGGGGACAUGAUUUCGAAGGUGCACGGGAAGCGCUUUGUGUACAAGUUCGUGUGCGAUCUGCGCGAGCUGCUGGGUUACGAUGCGUCCGAGCUGUCGGCCCUGGUCAACGAGGGAUCUCCGGUUAAUGCAGACACGCAGUACGACAGCCAGAAUUAUGAUGCUGAUUUCGAUUGA